AUGCCACUAGAGCCGCGACCCUCAGUCCCGACGGUCGCGCGUCACGUGCCGGGGGCCAGCGCGGGGGAGCACAGGGAGAACCCCGGGGACCCACCCCCACCCCGACUCUCCCGCGGUCCGCCGCAGGGCCCGCGUCACGUGAACGAACCGGGCUCCCGGGUCACGUGCCGAGGGCUCCAGGGACGGCGGGCGGUCGCGGCCGCGCCCCGCCGGUUUCGCCGGGAGCGCCGGAGGCCGUGCGGGGCCCGAGGCGCGGAGGUAAGCCCCCGCCGGCGGCGGCGGCGGCGGAGGGGGGCGGCCCCGCGUCCCCGCGUCACGCGUCACCGUGGUGCGAGGCGGGCAGCCAUCUUGCUACAAACACAAACAGAGAGGAGCGGCCGCCGCGGGAGCGCCAGCGCCCCCUCCCCCCCGCCGCCGCCGCCGCCGCCGCCGUCCCCGGCCCGCCGCCCCCCGCCCCGGGACCCGAGCCUCGCGCCGCCCGCGGUAAGCGCCCGGCAGCUCCGCGGACCCCGGCCCGCAGCCGGGCCUGCGGCCAGCCCGCCCCCGACGCUGAGGGCGGGCCGCGCCGAGCUGCGAGAGCCAGAGGCAGAGCGCGGGCCGCCGGCGCGGACCCUCCCCCGUCUCCUCCCCGCGGGCCGCCCGCCGCCCGCCGCCCGGUGCGCCCGCCCUCCCGGCCUCUCCCCGCCGCCCCCGGGAUGCGGCUCGCGGCCCCGGGCCCCGGGGGGGCACGUUGUCCUCGCCGCCCGGGCCUCCGCCUGCCCGGCCGCGCUCGUAACGGUGGCUCCUGCGGGCCUAGCCCCUGUUCUGUCUGCCCCGGGCGCCGCAGCCCGCCCCGCCGAGGGCGCCGCGACCCCCAUGCCCCACGUCCCGGGAGAGUCCCCCCAUCCGGGGUGCUUGGCGGACUUAGCUGGGGCUGGCGGGGUCGUCAAGUCCAAACGUGCCGUGUCUGGGGCCAACCUCGACGCCUUUCCCGUUAGCCAGAGCACCUCGGCGGCUUCUGCCCCGAAAAUUCCUGCCGGCGAGCAGCGUUGGUGCUCGCUCAUGGGGUCACCCGCCUCUCCUUGCCGGCCGGGCCGGACUCCUGCCCCAGCAGGGCUGGGGCUGCCCGCCCCCAAGCCAGGCCCCCUCGGCCGCCUUCCCGACCUGGCCCCCCGACACAGCAGCUCUCGGGCCACAGCCCCUCACACUCGGCCUUUUCUUUUUUUCCAACUUCCCGUCUCCUCGGCCUGGUGUGAGCCGCCUUCCCUCUGUCUGCUCCUUACAACCCGGGACACAAAGAGGAGCAGCGCACUGCCACUUCUCCUGUGUCACAUCAGAAACUCGGACUGUUCGUGCUUCAUGCCUUCCACCAAGAACGCUGAUGGCCCGGAGACCAGGCUGGCAGGCUCAUCGCCCGCCCUCUAG